AGUCCAGUUCAUCCGCGUACAGAAUGAAAAGUCGCUCUCGGUGCGGAGAAGCGACAAAAACUGAGAAGUACGAAGCCACAAUGAGCAGCUUUUAAUAUAAUAAGAGUAAUAGCAGUUCAGGGGAAGGUAACACGGCGUUAGAUGUAGUUUAUGAAUGAAUCCUCGGUGUGUAAAGUGAUGGGCAGAGUGAGCUCGGUGCUGCCUGGGUGUGAGAGUGGACUAAACCGGCGUCCUGAGCUGAAACCGUGCGCGAGCUGCGUCUUCUCCAGGUCAGUGGCGUCCAUUAAACACCGCCGCUGCAGUUUACAUGACAGUGCUUCUGAUUAAGCGCGCACGUGCCCGGUCACUGUGUAACGGUUUCUCUCCGCGACCGUUGACGAAAGUUUAAAAUCAAAAACAAACACAAAAAAAAAAAAAACGAGCAAACUUGCGCGUGCUGAACUUUGCUGGCCGAGCGCGUGCGCACCACCGCUGACAUUUAAUUAAGCACAGCGCCUGCUUGCGUCAUCUAAACGCGUCUUUUUAUCUGCUGUUCAACAGGAGCGCGCUGUACUUCUUGUUUUGCUUUGCGAGUCUCAGCGUGCAGGGAGUGUUUUUUUUUUUGUGCAAUAUUAAUUGCUUCACUCAGUGUGAGCGCAGGACGUGGAGAAACAGGACGCAAUCUUGUUUUGUGAGUCUCUCAAAGUGAAAAGCUUUGCAGGAACACUGUACAGUGGAAGCUGUGUGAGGAAUCAGAGCAGGAUUCAGGCGUAGAGGUGGCCGUGUGAGAAACGGGAGCGAUGUCCCUCUCUCUCUUCCCGCGUCUGCUCUGUCUGUCGGCUCUGUCGACCUUCCUUUGUGCGCAGGAUCUCAAAACCACAAGAUGGCCGCUCUACUCCCAGAAGCCCCUGUUGCUGGCGUGGAACGCUCCGACGGAGGACUGCACCCCGCGGCACCGCGUCAGUUUCCCGUUCGAGCUCUUCCAGAUCGUGGCGUAUCCCACCGAGGGCUUUGUGCGCCAAAACCUCACCAUCUUCUACAAAGAUCGUUUGGGACUGUACCCUUAUUACGAAACUGACGGCACCCCCGUGAACGGAGGCCUGCCGCAGCUCGCCAGCCUCGCGGAGCAUUUAGCCAAAAUUCCCAAAGGACUCCAGAAGUACAUCAGCGAACCCACGGCUAAAGGGCUGGCCGUGUUCGACUGGGAGGAAUGGAGGCCGCUCUGGAUCCGCAACUGGAAUGCCAAAACUAUUUACCGUGAAAAAUCCAAAAAGCUCAUAUUGGAAAAGAAUCCCAACUGGACGGCUGAACAGGUGACCAAAGUGGCUCAGCAGGAAUUCGAGCUCUCGGCACGAAAGUUCAUGCUGGAGACGCUGCGCACGGCGAAAAGCCUCCGCCCCCAGCAGCUCUGGGGUUUUUACCUGUUCCCCGACUGCUAUAAUCACGACUACCUCAGCAGCAGCGGCCUGAAGAACUACACGGGUCGCUGCCCGGAAGUGGAGAUGCAGCGCAACGACCAGCUGCGGUGGCUGUGGACCGAGAGCACGGCGCUCUUUCCCUCCGUAUACUUGGGCCGCGCGCUGAAGGACCGAACCAUCGGCCGGCAGUUCGUCAGGAACCGCGUCAGAGAGGGCAUGAGGCUGGCCUCCACCGGCAACGGCACCGCGCGGCCCGUGUUCGUCUACACACGACCCACCUACAACAACGAGCUCACGCUGCUAACCGAGAUGGAUCUGAUCUCCACUAUCGGUGAAAGUGUGUCUCUGGGAGCCGCCGGUGUGAUCCUGUGGGGCGACGCCUCCUACGCCAGCAGUAGCACGAGCUGCUCCAACCUGAGUGAGUACCUCCGCACCGGCGCCCUCGGCCGCUACCUGCUCAACGUUUCCUCCGCAGCGGAGCAGUGCAGCGCGCAGCUGUGUGGGUGGCACGGACGCUGCCUGCGCAGGCUCCCCGACACAGACACCUACCUGCACCUGAGCACUCGCACACACACACUGGAGGUGCAGCAGGGUCGGCUCGCCGUGCGCGGAAGGAUGGACCAGGAGGAGCUGGCGAGGCUAAACGAGGACUUCCAGUGUCAGUGCUACACCGGCUACACGGGCGCGACAUGCUCGCAGAGAGCGUCCGGACACAGAGCAGGGCUCAGCCUGCAGGGGGCGCUGGUGGUACUGCUGACGCUGGCCUUUCUGCAGUGAUCAAAACACAACCUGCUGAGCCAAUGCUAACGCAGGAACGGCGGAACGAGGCGGACGAAAGAGAAGCCGAACGAAAGAGACGCCUUCUCUGCUGCUUUACAGUGAGCGUUUUAGUUUUGUGCUGCCCCCUGCUGCACAGCACCGUGAACUACACAAGGACAGACGUGAAAGAGGUUUACGCUCCGCGCUGAUGGUUCCCAAGCUGACGCGCCUUUUCCACUAACACAGAGCCAGAGCUGCUUCAGGGAACCUACACCUGCGUUUCCACCGGUCUGAGAGACGGACCUUAUGUACAUCUGGUACCAUUCAAAAUCUACACACAGCACAGAGACUCAACAGAGGUGUUAGUUUUAAAGAUGUAGCUGCUAAGCGUUCCUUACGCGUCUUCCCGUCCACUCAGAAAACAUUUUCGUAUCUUCAGCCAGCAUGUGGUGGACCUUUAACACUCAUUUAAGGUACAUCAUCAGAUGUUAAGGAGUGUUAUGGAGGGCACAAUGAAAUUCAAUUCUGACCGAUUCAUUUAUAAAAAAGUCCCAGUAAAACAUUCAUCCGAAUAUUAAUUUAGUCAGUAAUCUCCAAAUUCCGCUUGCACGGCUGAUGUCUUUGUAACGUUUCCAUUUCAGCAGCAGUCUGGUGCGAGAAUCAGACUGAUUUUGUUGGCUGAGAACCCGCCUUUAGCGGUGGAGAAGUGGGCAGCGGUUCCACAUUAGGCUCGCUGCGCUGGCGGAAAAACACCACGAGGAGCGAUGAGAGGAGUCGUAUCAGGAGAUCGCAGACCUCCACGCUGAGGAGAUUAAAAGCAGAUGAGAGAUUAGAGCUGGGCGAUGACUGAAGGUUUCACCGAUAACGCCAUGUUUUUUGUUUUGUUUUUUUUUUCUGAAAAUUUGAUCAUGUCGAUGGUUUAGCGUUCAGCAGGACGGAGAGAUGGAUCUUGUAUGGAAAUGAACUUGGUAAUGAAGCGUACGUGACUCUACACCGCACCUUUGUAAAUGAAUUAUUCGUAAUAAUCAUCACAUAAUUUUUACCUCAGUAAAAUAUCGCAGUGUUUUAUACUCAUCGCCCAGCUCUAACGCAGACGCAGCCAUGACUAUCCGUCAGUGACGUAGUGAGUUUAUUAACCACACAUGCAUCCUUUAACCGUUUCAGAACCUUUCGAUCUUGUGCUGUGGAAAAGUGCGGAACCGUUGCUGUGCCUUAAACGCUCCGCACGUGUUUUUCACGUGUGUUUAUGAUCUCUGUAUUACGAUGUCUGUCUGCACUGUUUUUUUGUUUUUUUUUAAUUGUCCUGUGUUUCAGCUUUAAUCUGCUGGAUUUCUUUUGUUUUUCUCGCAUCCCUGCGUCGGUGGCGUUGCGGAUUUAAAGGCCAAAUAACACACGACGUACUUUAAACAAAGAUUAAACAAAACCUCGCAACUUAAAGUUCACCCGAAGCCUCUGUCUGAUGCAUGACCACUGCUGGAUGCUGGAUGAUGUCACAGGAACAUUUCACACGGUCGUAUUUCAUCAUCUGCCAAAGCACAGAGCUGGAAUCCUCGUCCACCGUCUCGUUCUUCACGUGGAGCAAACUGGAAGAGUUUAAAGUGCCAUUGGUUUUUAGAGUUUUUUGAACUGUUGUCUUUUUAUGGAUGGAAUCAUGUUUCUGUGUGUAUUUGUGUGUGUGUGUGUGUGUGUGUGGAGGUGCUUUGUGUCUCCAAUACAAAGACCUGAACUCUGUAUUAUGCAGUUAUUACUGUAUUAUUACCAGCAUUACCGUGUUUUUUAGACUGCGUGACACAUUCUUUGCCUUUUAUCACAUGCUGUGACGUUCACUGCCAGGUCACACCUUGCCUGUUUGAGUGUGUGUGUGUGUGUGUGUGUGUGUGCGCCUGCGGUAGGUGUGCUGGGUUUGGGGAGAUACACUGCCAUUAGCUCGGUGCUAGCGUAACAUUGAAAAUAAGUGCCUGGAAAACACGGUAAUCUCACCAAGGGCCUUCACUUCUCGCUUUAGUGUUGAAACCAAAUCCUGCUUGCUGUUUUAUUUUUAAAGCGAAGACGGUUUGGUUUGAUCCGGAAAGUGUUACAGUGGAUUCUUUACAUCACUGAUAAACACGUUUUACAUGUCAGUGCAAAUCCAAAUGAUUGUAACUUGAUGUUUCUUAUUAUUUUACAAUAAAUCAAUGAUUUAA